GCUUUCUUUUGCUAUCUCCAGAAAUUGAAUUGCAAUUUUUGUUAAGAGUCAUGGAGUUCUGCGGAGCUACGACCUUAGCCUGGACAAAUUCACUCUAUACCUCUCUUCAUUUCCCUCCACCAUUCCCUAGGCGUGAGGUGCGGAGGUUUAGGGUUUGUUGUCUCAACGACAUCGACUCUGCUCAGUCUGAGAAGGGAAAUCAAAUGACUGUUUCGGUCACAGGAGCAACAGGUUUUAUAGGUAGAAGAUUGGUGCAAAGGCUGCAUGCCGAUAACCAUGGCAUUCGAGUCUUGACGCGAUCAAGAUCUAAAGCUCAGUCAAUUUUUCCGGUCAAGGACUUUCCAAGAAUUGUAAUUGCAGAGGAGCCAGAGUGGAAAGACUGUAUUCAAUGCUCAACUGCAGUCGUGAAUUUGGCUGGAAUGCCCAUUAGUACUAGAUGGUCUCCUGAGAUCAAGAAAGAGAUCAAGACAAGCAGGAUUAGAGUCACCUCAAAGGUCGUAGAUUUAAUAAAUGGCUCACCAGAUGAACUUCGGCCAAGAGUUUUGGUUAGCGCAACAGCAGUUGGUUAUUAUGGUUCCAGUGAAACAGAAGUAUUUGAUGAGCAAAGUCCAUCUGGAAAUGAUUACUUGGCUGAGGUUUGUAGAGAAUGGGAGGCAACAGCCCUCAGAGUGAAUAAGGAUGUUAGAUUAGCGCUUAUUCGCAUAGGUGUUGUCCUUGGAAAAGAUGGUGGUGCUUUAGCUAAAAUGGUCCCUCUCUUCAUGAUGUUUGCUGGUGGACCUUUGGGCUCAGGAAAACAAUGGUUUUCCUGGAUUCAUGUGGACGAUAUGGUCAAUCUAAUAUAUGAAGUUUUAUGCAACCCUUCUUAUAAAGGAGUUAUUAAUGGAACUGCACCAAAUCCUGUUCGGCUAGAGGAGAUGUGCAAACAAUUGGGAACUGUUUUGGGCCGGCCCUCAUGGCUACCAGUACCUGACUUUGUACUCAAAGCAAUCCUUGGUGGCGGUGCUUCUGUGGUGUUGGAAGGACAAAGGGUGCUUCCAGCUAAAGCUAAGGAAUUGGGGUUCCCCUUCAAAUACCCUUGUGUGAAAGAUGCGUUAGAAUCCAUUCUAUCCUGAGAAGUUGAAGUACAAUAUAAAUCUGUUCAUUCUUUAUUCUUUCGGUAUAGAGAACAGUUCUCUAAACUUAAAAAGGCACAGAAAGAAAUACAUUACCGGGGGAAAGUGUUUAGGAGGAAAGAAAGCAUGCUGAGAACUGAAACAUGCUCUAAACAUGGGAGCUGUGGCAUAGUUUGUCAUGUUAAGUUUUAGGUCGUUGUUUUGUGUGUGUGUGUGUAUUUUCUCAUUUUCUGGACUCGCUGUGAUCUUUUGCUUAAAUGUCGGAAAGUAAUAAUACCUUGGAAGGUACUCUGAGAGAUCUCAUCGUGGAAUGGUAUUUUGACACAAGCUAUGGCCUGACAGGCACAUAACAGGUUUUCCCAUCAAGUUCUCUCUGAACUCGUGAUUUGGAUAUUUGUUCUGCUG